AUGAUCAUGGAUGCUGGUAUCAAGAAAGAAAUAGAACAGAAUAGGGAAAUACUAUCUCCAAUUAUUGAUUCUGUCAUUUUUUGUGGACGUCUAGGUUUACCUCUUCGUGGGCAUCGUGAUGAUUCCAAGUAUCACCCUACUGUUGGUUGUUAUUCAUCUGGAGGGGCUGGUAAUUUCAUUGAAACACUCAAUUAUGGAGUUAGGAGAGGGGAUAAAGUUUUAGAAAAUCAUUUAAAGAAUUGUGAAACAAACUCGAAAAAGACUAGAUUAACAGACAUUUGCAAAACUAGAUGGGUAGAACGUAUCGAAGGUUUAGAUACAUUCCAAGAGCUUUUUGUACCUGUAUACACCACCCUUAACGAUAUGUCUGAAAAUCUAGAUGGUGAGUUCAAACCGUCGCUUCAGUCUGAUGCCUCAUCUUUGUUUCAACUUAUUGACAGGUUUGAUUUCGUCGUUGCUUUAGUUAUCACGAGAAAUAUUCUUGAUUCAGCUCUUCCAGUAACACAGUUAUUACAGGGUAAGAGUAUCGAUAUAAUGGAUGGUAUUCAUUUAAUUUCAACUUUGAAAACUGAGGUGGUGAACAUGAGGAAUUCCUCUGAUUUUUAUCAUGACACCUGGUAUGACGAAGCGCUUGAACUGGCAGCAAAAGUUGGGAUUGAAGAAUGGAAACCAAGAACAGUGCGCAAACAAACGACCAGGGAAAAUAUUCCCCACACAACCAUUUCUGAGUAUUAUAAACGUGCAAUUACUCUUCCUCUACUAGAUCAUUUGCAAUCUUCUUUAGAAUCACGAUUCGACCUUGAGAGUGUGAAUGUCUAUAAAGGCCUUAGCAUUGUACCGAUGAAAAUGAUGUCCAUGACAAGAGAUGGGGUGGAUUGGAAAGAGCCAUUCAAAACUGUGGCUAACUUUUAUUAUGAUGAUUUGCCAAAUCCUUUGGCCUUAGAUGCUGAACUUAGGUUGUGGUACACUUAUUGGGAGACCCACUGCGGCCUCCUUCCUGAUAACAUUGCCCAGACUUUAAAAUCUGUUCAUUUCGCCGGAUUUGAAAACAUUAAAAUUUUACUACGUAUUUUAGGAACGCUCCCCAUUACCUCUUGUGAAUGUGAACGAUCUAUUUCUUCCCUUAGGACACUUAAAAACUAUCAGCGAAGUACCAUGGUUGGGGAACGCUUAAAUGGUUUGGCCUUGAUGCAAAUUCAUCAGGAAAUUGUACCAGAUAUUGGUGAGGUUAUUAAUACUUUUGCUGUUGGAAAUACAAGGCUAAAAUUUGCAUGA